UCAUUUCUGAAAAAUCACGCAUUUCAUUGAAGGAGAGGAGAGGAGAGGAGAGGAGGGGGAGACGAGAGAGAGAGAAACCAAACCCUAAAAUUUGUUUCACGUUUUGGGGUUCAGAAACCAAAAUGGGGGAUUUAGAGAAGCAAGCAGAGAGGGUUGUGCUGAGCAAGGACGAGGCGGAAGAGGAGGAGAUGGAGAGGCUGGUCGGCGGCGGAAUGGCGGUGUUGGAUUUCGACAUGCUCUGCUCCACCGUCGCCUUACAGACCCAGGGCAAGUCCGCCGCCAAGUUCCAGAGCUUUGGGGCCGGAGAAGAAGAAGAAGAAGCUGAGGUUGGGGAUUUCGGCGGCGUGUUCCGGAUGUGGGAGGGUGAGCUUCUCGAUUGGUUCGACGAUCGCCGCGUCGCUAUUCAGUCGGCUUGCUGUCCGUGCUAUACAUUUGGGAAGAACAUGAUGCGAGCUGGUUUUGGUCCUGGCUUUUUACAGGGAACUCUUCAUUUAGUUCUUGUUGCGAGCAUCCUUCUCAACUGCAUUGCGUUUAUUAUCACCAAGAAGCGCUGCUUUAUAUAUCUGGUGGUUGCUUUCACCAUUACACUAGGAACGUAUUUGGGGUACUUCCGUACACAGAUAAGAAACAAAUUUAACAUACGGGGUAAUGAUAGUUCCAUGGAUGAUUGCAUCUACCACCUUGUCUGCCCAUGCUGCACGUUAUCUCAGGAAGCCAGAACAUUAGAGAUGAACAAUGUCCAAGAUGGCACCUGGCAUGGCAGGGGCGAUUCAAUAUACAUAGGCAGCCUUGGAGAAGGAGGAAAGUCUUUCUUUGAGCUCCAAGCACCUCCUCUUGUGUCAAUCAAGUCCCCCGACCUCUGCAACGCGCAAAAAAGUACAGCGACUAGUGCAUAUUCAUGAGUUCAACAAGCUGCCCAUUUACCCUCAAUUGAGAAAUUAACUACAGCUAUCAUUCAAAGCUAAAUAUCCAUUUGGUUUCUUCCCCACGGAAGGGAAAUAAUCAACCAUGGAGUCCAAACAUUUUGCAUUCAGGAUUUGCUGUUGUUGUGAUUGGGAACUAGAGCUUGAUUCUGCUCCUCCACCUGGUGAUUGCUUGCUGAGUUUUCAGAGAUGGAAGGCCAUAUAUGCUAAAGUUAUGUGGUGCGGGUAACUAUGUAUUUGUACAUACAUGUGUGGGGGUUUUUUAGAGACCCCGUUCUCUAGAUUUGCGUUGUUGUAGAACAUGUGAUGAUCAACACGUUAUCCAAUAUCCAUAUCCUUUUUCAAAGAAAUCAAUGAAAUGUUAAAUAUUGCUCAUCUUA